ACCAUCCAACCAUCAACAAAACUCUCAAAAGUCUCCGAUUUAUAUUUUAUUUUUCUUCACACACAAACACAAAAACCCUAAUUUCACCCUUCUUUCAUCACAUUCUUCACAGGACGGGUUGCUUGAACGUUAUGGAUACAGAUGAAAAGAUUGUUGCUAAAGAUGUUGAGCCAGAGUACCUUUCUGUAGUGUGGAAGAAGUUGUAGAAAGAAAGGUCUGUUUUAAACUUUGCACCUAGAGCCUCGGGCCUCCUUAUUGGCGUGUUGAUGUUCAAAGUAUAUCUUCCAGUGUUCAAAGCACCCCAGAUAAAAACGGUCACUCAGAUGAUGCAUCAAGAACUUCCGGUCAUCAACAGUUUGUGAAGUCGGGCACACCAAAAGAUUGCGGCAAAGAGAGAAAAAAACAACCCGCCUUUACAAAACACCAAAUGGCAGAAGCAUCCAUCAAACCAAAUAAAAAAAUACUAAAAAACCAAGAUCCCAAAAAGUCAACUGUAAGCCCCAAGUGCCUGCCUAAAAAACAAAACAGAAAAGGGGAAAACCCCAUUCGGAUUCCUCUCAUAGAAUCAAACGGUGAAACGAAGUUUUCAGAUACUUGGAUCUGCAAGAAUUCGGCAUGCAGAGCGGUUUUGUCGGUUGCUGACACGUUUUGCAAGAGAUGUUCUUGUUGCAUUUGCCACUUGUUUGAUGACAAUAAGGAUCCUAGCCUUUGGUUAGAAUGCACUUCAGAUUCUUCCAGUGGGGAAUCUUGUGGUUUAUCUUGCCACAUUGAAUGUGCCCUCCAGCAUAGGAAAGUAGGGGUUGUUAAUCUUGGUCAAUUAAUGCAGUUAGAUGGGAGUUACUGUUGUGCUUCUUGUGGUAAAGUUUCAGGGAUACUCGGGUAUUGGAAGAAGCAAUUGGUUAUUGCCAAGGAUGCACGGCGUGUUGAUAGUCUCUGCUACAGGAUAUAUCUGAGCUUUAGACUUUUGGAUGGAACGUCACGAUUUCAAGAACUCCAUGAUAUUGUUAAAGAGGCAAAAAAUAAGUUGGAAACUGAGGUGGGCCCACUGAGUGGAGUCUCAGCCAAAAUGGCCCGUGGCAUUGUAAGCAGACUUGCUGUUGCAGCUGAAGUUCAAACACUGUGUACUACUGUGAUCCAAAAAGCCGAUGAAUUCUCUGCUACAGUUUCUAGCACAAGCCUGAAAGGCAAAGAAGGUUCACUUCCAGCAGCAUGCAAAUUCAUAUUUGAAGAAGUAACAGCUACUUCUGUAGUACUUGUUUUAAUAGAACUAUCUACAGCAAUAUCCGACGACAUUAUUGGAUUCAAAUUAUGGUACUCUAAAACAACAGAACCAACACACACACAAGAUCCCAUUAAAACAUUCCCAAGAUCACAAAGAAGAAUUCUGAUAUCCAAUUUGCAGCCUUGCACUGAAUACAUGUUUAGGGUUGUAUCCUACACUGAAAUAGGCGAUCUAGGACACUCAGAAGCCAAAUGCUUCACCGCAAGCGUGGAACUAAUUACUAAGAAGCCUAAUUCUGGUAUGGUUCCUCAUAAUGAAGGAACCUCGGGUGCAAAAGAUGUUGAAUCUGACUCGGGUUUUAGAGUUCGUGAACUUGGAAAGAUCCUACGGUUAGCCUGGGCUCAAGAACGAGGUUACUUGGACGGUAUUUCAGGUGCAGAUCUGAGCGGGCUUAGUAAAGUGAUCAAGCCCGAAACACCAAAAUCAGAUGAAGCGUGCCCUGAUAUAAAAGGGCUCGACUUGAAUGUCGCAACUGUACCAGAUUUAAACGAAGAAAUAGUCGUUCCAAUCGAUUCUUACAGGGAUGAAGUUAACGGUGAGCCCGAUAACGGUAGUGGUGAAUCCGAAAACUGGGCCCACCAUAGAUCCAACGGGGAAGUGUCACGAAAGAGGCCCGCUAGCACAAAUGAAGAGACACUUGACUGUGAUAGCACUCUGAUUAACGGGUCACCCCUUGGGCCCCGUAAAGGUGGGCCCGGCAGCUUGGAUGAAAACUUUGAAUAUUGUGUGAAAAUCAUCCGGUGGUUGGAGUGUCAAGGGUAUAUUAAGCAAGAGUUUAGAUUAAAGUUGCUGACAUGGUUUAGUUUAAGGUCAACCGAGCAGGAACGCCGAGUGGUCAACACUUUUAUCCAGACCCUGAUUGAUGAUCCGUGUAGCUUAGCUGGACAGUUGGUUCACUCAUUUGCUGACAUCAUAAAUACCAAGAGGCCCAGAAAUGGUUUUUGCAGUAAGCUGUGGCAUUGAACCCGCGAGGAUUUACUAAAAACAGCAUUUUUUCUUCAUUGAUAGGGAAGAUGGAUACAGUUGCUGAACUUGUUUAGUCAGAAAUCAGUUGGAAGUUGAAUCUAAUUUAUCAUUGUUUUUCAAUCUAAAGUAGUUAUAUUUUAUAUAUUGUCUAUUUAUGUAGAGAUCGGAUUUAGAUGUACUCGCCUUCUGCUAGUCAUAGAAGCAUCUAUUAAUGUACAUUUUUAUCUUCAUUUAA